AAGGUCAGAUGUGCUCGGGGUCAAGGUCUAAGCUUGUUUACGGGCGCGAACAAAGACUUGCACGUGAUAAGAUUUCAAGGUUUAGGUACUGUGAGGUUGCACACAGUUGCCAAGAUUUACACUUCCUACAGGUACUACCUUAGCGCUGAUUGCCAAGCUGCUUCGUUGCUUCGUAUGUUCUACCGGGUUCGUUACCUCCUAGGAACAAGGAAUCAACUUAGGGAUACAGCGGAAAGAUAGAAGACUAAGUUUCCAGAGAAACAGGCGCAUCCCCAGAGCGUCUCGGCCGAUAUACGGAGAAUGGUGCAGUUAAAGGUCGUCCCGUUUCCCACUCACUUGCAUCUUUCACAGCAACAAACACAUCCUACAAACGAUCAAGCAUACAUACCACGGCGAUGUUGGCCUCGAAGCUCUACUACUCCCUCUUCAUCUGGAUCGCAGCACUCUCUCACCUCGCUGCUGCCGAUGCGAUUUGCGGCAUAGCCGGCCCCCAGUGUCAAAAAUGUUCUCCUAACCACGAUCCCAGUAAAACCGGUUACUGCUUUCAUUACAAGCUUGCUUCUGGGGCAGAGGGCUACAAUUGUCGAGAAGCACAGUCUUGUGUCUGAUAGACGAGUUCCGAGAAAUCCGUCGCACAAUCUUCUUGCGCACCUGAACUAUUUCGCAUACCUGUUCAAAUUUCUCCUGCUGCUUGCAACACUUUCUACGACAACACUACAUCGCGCAAAGCAACUGGACUGGUGAGAUCGGACAGCCGGACCCUAUCCUAGUUACUUGGCACCCAAGGCAGCAGCCAAAAUCUCAACCGGGCUUUCUCCUACAUCAUCUUGUCAGCUCUCUACCUCACUCAUCGUAC